AUUAAUGCACGGCUGGAAAAAAUAAACGAGAGAUGCCAUGCGGCUUUCUAGUCUGACCUACAGGAACUUCCUGACGAGUAAAGCGGCAACGGCAAUAACCGAGGGCUCAUUGAGCGUCUCAACCAAUUUAUUCCCACGCUUCUAGGGGGCUCACAGAGCACGGAGGAGCGCCUGCGCGAGUUGCCGUGACGUCACACCCAGCAUGGCGGUCAAGGUGCAAUCCACUAAAAGGGCUGACCCUAAUGAACUGAAGGGUAUAUUUUUAAAGCAUGCCAGUGUCGAAAAGGAUGGGGAGCGUUACAUGACCCCCGGUGAUUUUGUGCAGAAGUACCUGGGGCUCCACACACUGCCCCAUCACAACCCCAAAACUGUGCAGCUCAUAGCUGGAGUGGCUGAUACAACUAAAGAUGGACUCAUCUCCUUCCAAGAGUUUCUGGCCUUUGAGUCUGUCCUUUGUGCCCCUGAUGCCAUGUAUAUAGUGGCCUUUCAGUUAUUUGACAAGAACGGCACUGGAGAUGUGUCCUUUGAAAAUGUCAGAGAUAUCUUUGGACAGACCAUCAUUCACCACCACAUCCCUUUCAACUGGGACUGCGAGUUCAUUAGGCUUCAUUUCGGCCAUGACCGAAAGAAGCACCUCAGCUACCCGGAGUUCACUCAGUUCUUGCAGGAGCUGCAGCUGGAACAUGCCAGGCAGGCUUUUGCCCAGAAGGACAAGAACAAAACUGGUGCCAUCACAGCCUUAGACUUUAGUGACAUCAUGGCUACGAUCCGCUCGCACAUGCUGACUCCCUUUGUGGAAGAGAAUCUCGUCUCGGCAGCCGGUGGGAGCAUCUCUCACCAGGUCAGCUUCUCCUACUUUAAUGCAUUUAACUCUCUGCUCAACAACAUGGAACUGAUCCUCAAAAUAUACAGCACACUAGCAGGCUCGCGGAAGGAUAUCCAAGUGACUAAAGAGGAGUUUGUUCAUGUUGCCAAUAAAUUUGGUCAAAUCACACCUUUGGAGAUUGACAUCCUCUUUCAGCUCUCUGAUCUUUACACUCACUCUGGGCGGCUGACUUUGGCUGACAUUGAGAGAAUAGCACCAUUGGAGGAGGGAGCCCUACCCUACAACCUGGCCGAGAUCCAGAGACAGCAAGCUUAUGGAGAAGCCAGCAGGCCCAUCUGGCUCCAGGCUGCAGAGUCUGCUUACAGGUUCUCUCUGGGCUCAAUUGCUGGAGCUACGGGGGCCACAGCAGUGUAUCCCAUUGACCUGGUGAAAACACGGAUGCAGAACCAGCGAUCCACCGGCUCCUUCGUAGGCGAACUGAUGUACAAAAACAGCUUCGACUGCGCCAAGAAGGUUCUGAGAUACGAGGGCUUCUUUGGGCUGUAUAGAGGUCUUUUGCCGCAGCUUGUAGGUGUCGCUCCUGAAAAGGCAAUUAAACUUACUGUUAAUGACUUUGUCAGAGACAAGUUCACUAAAAAAGAUGGUUCCAUCCCAUUGUUUGCAGAAAUCAUGGCUGGUGGAUGUGCCGGAGGCUCUCAGGUGAUCUUCACUAACCCCCUGGAGAUCGUGAAGAUCCGGCUGCAGGUGGCGGGAGAGAUCACCACCGGUCCCCGCGUCAGUGCCCUCAGUGUGGUGCGGGACCUGGGCUUCUUUGGCCUGUAUAAGGGAGCAAAAGCCUGUUUUCUACGUGACAUCCCGUUUUCUGCAAUUUACUUCCCUGUCUACGCUCACACCAAGACCAAGUUCGCUGAUGAGAGUGGCAGAUUGGGUGCCUUACAGCUGCUAGCUGCUGGUGCUAUUGCUGGUGUGCCAGCUGCCUCUCUGGUAACCCCUGCUGAUGUCAUUAAGACGAGACUUCAGGUGGCUGCCCGCGCAGGGCAGACAACCUACACCGGAGUCAUUGACUGUUUCAGAAAAAUCCUCCAGGAAGAAGGUUUCAGAGCUCUUUGGAAAGGAGCGGGAGCACGCGUCUUCCGCUCAUCGCCACAGUUCGGCGUUACUCUGGUGACCUAUGAACUUCUGCAGAGGUGGUUCUACGUUGAUUUUGGAGGAAGCCGCCCUGUAGGGUCGGAGCCUACCCCAAAAUCCAGGAUCCAGGAGCUGCCUCCGGUGAGCCCUGACCACGUGGGAGGAUACAAGCUCGCCGCCGCCACCUUUGCCGGGAUCGAAAACAAGUUUGGCCUUUAUCUGCCGAAAUUCAAGUCUUCGGGUGUUGUGUCCAUCCAUCCGGCAGCAUCAAAGGAAUCUCAGGGGUCUUAAAUGGCAGCAGUGCGGUGUAGUUGAAGAUGAGGCUGGGCUUUCAUACCAGUACUGUAUUGAACUGAUUGGGCUGCAUGUUUGUUGAGCCGAGAUGUCUGCUAACCUUUUCUAUAUAUGAUUUUGUUUUGUCUUCAACUGCUUCAAUGAAACUUCUGUAUCAAGGCCUCAUUUCUAUGCAUUUUUAACUUUAUAGUUCUUUUUAAAAAGCUGCAUGGAUAGAGCUUUUACGAUUUGCUUUGCACAGCUUGCACAUAUGUAACUGUACAUAUUGUACAUCUUUGUACAGAGACAUCAUGGCGUUGAAUGGAUCAUAUGAGGCAUUUCUGCAAUCAUGAGUAGUGGCUUAAAAUGAUGUACAGAUGUUUUGAAAGUGUUUUAUUAAAAAUCAUGACCAGAAUAUUAGUAAAUAAUUUAAAUUAA